AUGUUGUUGGCGCAUCUCCGUGUCACAGAGCUACGCGCUCUAAUGGCUGCCAUGGGCCAGACCAAGGGUGGGCUAAAGUCCAAUCUGCUGGUGAGAGCUGUGGGGGUUAUACAGACCCAGUGCAAUCCCCACCUGCUCACAGUCGUGCGCCAGCUCUACCAGGAACGCUACUCCUACCAGACAGUUCCUGGCAACAGCCAGGUGGGUCAGACAUGGGAUUUUCCCACUUUAUUGAUAAGGAGAAACAGGAAUACUGCUGUUUAUAGUCUGCCUGUCUCAAAAUUAUGUUUCUGGCAGUGUAUUGAUUUCUGAUUUUCUCUGUUCUGACAAUCUCAUCCCAACUAGAGGACUCCUGGAAGCCACCAGGAGGAGCAGACCGUGGCGCCGGUGGUGGAGCCAACACACAACCCCACACAGCACAUAAACCAUCUCACACACAAUCCUAGAUUGUUCCAGAUGGUACCCCUUCCCUUCUACCAAACCCUGGGGACAAUCCUACCCCCCACACAACUGGGUAGGUUGACCUUAUAGUUUCCUUAGUAAAACUUGAAUCUUGGGGCUGAAUUGAGGUUUGAUUGUUUGACAUGACCGUUUCUCUUCUCCCACUGAGGUUGUCUGUGGGAGAAUCUAAAUUGCAUACUCCUCGCCUCCUUCUCCAAUGGGUUUUGAGAAGGUCAGAGGGAAGGAACCUCUGACUUUUUCUAAUCCAAUGUGUUUCGCGACGGAGGCGAAGAGAGACGUGAGGAGUAUGCAAUUGAGAUUCUCCCUGUGUGUCCAUCCAGUGGGCUCUUUCUUUUCCGACAUGCAGGACCAGGAGUUCAUCAUCAGGCUGACGCCAAAGCAAGUGGAGCAGAACAGAAACUGCAAGUCAGCACCUUUUCUUACUACACAGAAUUCACUCAAACUCACCAUAAUAUUGUCUGUUUACAAAACUAAUACCAGCACAGUCAUUCUGAGAUCUGUGUAUGUAUCCACAGGGAGCUGCGACCAGGUGUGCCGAGUGUCCAGGUGGUUCUCAGGUGAGUAGGAUGGGGCCUGUAGCCACCUGCCGGUCAUCACUAGAAAGGACUGGAGUACGACAUUCUCUAAUCAAUAACCAAGAGCUUAUGUAACUGCUCAUCUGAUGAUGUCGCCACUUCUGUACGUUAUGCCAAAGGCUGACUGACCUCUGACCUCUUUCAGAUUCUGCUUCACAGAGAGUCUUGGGUACGAGGAGGAUCAAUACCCACCAUGCCUGUGCAUCAGAGUUAAUCAGAAACUCAUACCCCUACCAGUAAGCACCAAAAACUGUUAAAUGUUGAACUGACAAUGUUGUGAACUGUUGUGGUCUCUUCACCAAUCAUUCUUCACUAUCCUUCCGAUGUGCUGGGACAGGAACUUCACAGACACUGUACACCCAUCAACAUAACGCCAGAAGUUUCUCUCAGCCUCCUCCCCUCAUCUCGUUUAUGUGUCUGGUGGGAGAGAUGUUGCAAAGUAUGUUGUCUUUUCCCCUCAUUAUUAUUUUAAUGAUUUUGUUUUCAUUUAUGUAUUUAUUCUAUCCAUAAGGAGCUUUGUGUCUUAAAUGACUAAGUAAGAUUUAGCGUGUGUAUGUAGAGGUACUCUGUGGCUGUGUACCUGGUGAAGGUGCUGUCCCCCUCAGACCUCCUCAGUCAACUGAAGAGCCAAUCAGUGGAGAGUCUGACAUUCUGCAGAAAGCGCAGUGAGUAUGGCAACACACACAAAAGCGCACACUAAUUUUGCCUUUAUCGCACACAAAUACAGUGCAAAAAGACCACUGACUCCUUGUAUAUUAGCAGCCAUCUUGAGUUGAUGCUCUCUGGUAUUUGUAGUCCAGGAGAAGCUGCGUUUCGACCCAGAGUGUGAGGUGACCACAACAGGACUACAAGUGUCCAUUAUCUGUCCGGUAAGAGUUUGCCACUUAUCCCUCACCUGCAAAGGGCGACAAUUCCUUCAGAAGAAAUUCCCCUGAAACAGAAAGUCAUGACCAAAUUGAACUGACUGACAGGAAGUUGACUCCAACUGUCCAACCCAUUUAAUGCAUCUAAUAUAGCCAUCUAUAGACAAAGGGGUGCACUUUUUAGUUUUUGCCCUGAUUCACUAAUCAACUCAUCAAACCUUUGAUUAGUGGAAUCAGGUGUGUAGCGCUAGGGCAAAAACAAAAAUGUGCACCCCUUUGGGUACCCAGGAACCGUAUUAAGAAACACUGAUCUAAUGGUCAAGGUUAGGUUUGGGGUUGGAUAAUCUGAUCCUGCAGUAGAUUGGUAUUGGGGUUGGAUAAUCUGAUCCUGCAGUAGAUUGGUGUUGGGGUUGGAGAAUCUGAUCCUGCGGUAGAUUGGUGUUGGGUUUGGGGUUGGAUAAUCUGAUCCUGCGGUAGAUUGGUGUUGGGUUUGGGUUUGGAUAAUCUGAUCCUGCGGUGGAUUGGUGUUGGGUUUGGGGUUGGAUAAUCUGAUCCUUCACGAGAUUGGUGUUGGGUUUGGGGUUGGAUAAUCUGAUCCUGCACGAGAUUGGUGUUGGGGUUGGAUAAUCUGAUCCUGCACAAGACUGGUUUUGGGGUUGGAUAAUCUGAUCCUGCAGUAUAUUGGUUUUGGGGUUGGAUAAUCUGAUCCUGCACGAGAUUGGUGUUGGGUUUGGGGUUGGUUAAUCUGAUCCUGCAGUAAAUCGGUGUUCAGGGGCAUCUUCAACCAUGAACCACGUUUUAUAGAGCUGACAUGAUUUCUUAUUGUACAUGUCAGGGGCAUGUUUGUUCUACAUACCACAUUUCUGUCUGAAUGUUCCACAACGUUCUGCCAAGGGGUGUAUUCAUUCCGCUGAUUCUGUUGCCAAACUUUUCUUAAACGGAAACAAAUGGAAUGAAACAGGGAGGGACCUGCCUGAAUUUGUCCAAUAGAAACUCUCGUUUUAGUUUUGCAACUAUUUGGUGGAAUGAUUACCCCUCCUUUCUCCUCUCUGCCAGCUGGGGAAGAUGCGUCUGUCAGUGCCCUGCAGGGGGCGUAAGUGCGCCCACCUCCAAUGCUUCGACGGGAUGCUCUACCUGCAGAUGAAUGAGAAGAGGCCCACCUGGACCUGCCCAGUGUGUCACGAGCCAGUUCCUUACAGCCAGCUAAUUAUCGAUGGGUAAUUGUGUAUCAUAUAUUUACAGUAGAGGCACCCUGUCCUUUGGCAUCUCUGUAUGACUAUCUGGUCUCUAUGGUGAUUGAUUUAAUCUGUGGUUUCAUCAUCAUGCUACUCUGCAUCUCCCUCCCUUUCAUAUAAAACAGUGAAAUCUAAAGUUGCCUACCCCACGGUCCCGGAAAACGUGCUUCUUUUGAGACUAAAAUGUAGAAAUCAGUCAAAUUGUAGGAUGUAAAUCCACCGGCAGUUGUGGUUCACUGUAUUAUAAUAGCCUAUAGAUACUCUUUUGGGAAGGGAGACUUGGCCAAGAGUCGGCAUCACCUACAUUUAUGAUAAUGAAGUGUGGUGUUCUCCUAUAUGCAGGUUACUGACUGUGAUCCUGGCGUUGGAGGGCUUUCAGGACAAUACAGAGGUAGAAUACCUGUCUGACGGCUCUUGGGGAUUUGUUAUAGAUGGCGUGAGCAGAACAACACAGUCUUCGGCACUUUUGGAGAAGAUGGGUGAGACUAUGAACAGAGACCACAGAUUCAGAGUUGAGAUAAUAGCUGUCUCAACUCCGUUUCAUCAAUCAGUCACCGAUGUCAAAGGGACACUUAGGCGGAAAUUUGAGUUAAGCGCUUGGAUCACAAUUCAGAAUACCGGUGUGGGUUAGCAGUGCUCUCACCCGUAUCUCUCUCCAACAGAGGCAUACAGUGGUAGUAGUGUGACUGCAACCACCAGUGCUGUGUCAACGGAAGUCGCCACUGUGGACCUUACGCAGGAUUCAUCCGAGGAUGAGGCUGAUGAGGUCACAAAGGUGCGCCAUAACGAUGUUUCAUGA